AUGGGUGACGGAGGAGAGGGCGAGGACGAGGUCCAGUUCCUGAGGACGGACGAUGAAGUGGUCCUGCAGUGCAGCGCCACGGUGCUCAAGGAGCAGCUCAAGCUGUGCCUGGCUGCGGAGGGCUUUGGUAACCGCCUCUGCUUCCUGGAGCCCACCAGCAAUGCCCAGAAUGUCCCCCCUGACCUGGCCAUCUGCUGCUUCGUGCUGGAGCAGUCACUGUCCGUGCGUGCCCUGCAAGAGAUGCUGGCCAACACUGUGGAGGCUGGUGUGGAGUCAUCUCAGGGUGGGGGUCACAGGACACUCCUGUAUGGCCAUGCUAUCCUGCUCCGGCAUGCCCACAGCCGCAUGUAUCUGAGCUGCCUCACCACCUCCCGCUCCAUGACUGACAAGCUGGCCUUCGAUGUGGGACUGCAGGAAGAUGCCACAGGAGAGGCCUGCUGGUGGACAAUGCACCCCGCCUCCAAGCAGAGAUCUGAAGGGGAAAAGGUCCGCGUUGGGGAUGACCUUAUCCUUGUCAGCGUCUCCUCUGAGCGCUACCUGCACCUCUCUACGGCCAGUGGUGAGCUCCAGGUUGACGCCUCCUUCAUGCAGACACUGUGGAACAUGAAUCCCAUCUGCUCCGGCUGUGAAGAGGGAUAUGUGACUGGGGGUCAUGUCCUCCGCCUCUUUCAUGGUCACAUGGAUGAAUGUCUGACCAUUUCCCCUGCCGACAGUGAAGACCAGCGCAGACUUGUCCACUACGAGGGGGGAGCUGUGUGCACCCAUGCCCGUUCCCUGUGGAGGCUGGAGCCUCUGAGGAUAAGCUGGAGUGGAAGCCACCUACGCUGGGGCCAGCCUCUCCGCAUCCGCCAUGUCACUACAGGUCGCUACCUGGGGCUUAUGGAGGACCAGGGCCUGGUGGUGCUAGAUGCCUCCAAGGCCCACACCAAAGCCACUUCCUUUUGCUUUCGAAUCUCCAAGGAAAAGCUGGACAUGGCCCCCAAACGGGACAUAGAAGGCAUGGGGCCUCCUGAGAUCAAAUAUGGGGAGUCACUGUGCUUUGUGCAGCACGUGGCCUCGGGCCUGUGGCUCACAUAUGCUGCUCCGGAUCCCAAGGCCCUGCGGCUUGGUGUGCUCAAGAAGAAGGCCAUGCUGCACCAGGAAGGCCACAUGGAUGAUGCCCUGUCGCUAACCCGCUGUCAGCAGGAGGAGUCCCAGGCCGCGAGAAUGAUCUAUAGCACUGCUGGCCUGUAUAACCUCUUCAUCAAGGGCCUGGACAGCUUCAGCGGGAAGCCGCGGGGCGGGGGGCCACCCGCUGGCACGGCGCUGCCCAUUGAGGGCGUCAUCCUGAGCCUGCAAGAUCUCAUUGGCUACUUUGAGCCUCCCUCAGAGGAGCUGCAGCACGAGGAGAAGCAGACCAAACUGCGCAGUCUCCGAAACCGCCAGAGCCUCUUUCAGGAGGAGGGGAUGCUCUCCCUGGUCCUGAAUUGCAUCGACCGUUUAAAUGUCUACACCACUGCUGCUCACUUCGCUGAAUUCGCAGGAGAGGAGGCGGCUGAGUCCUGGAAAGAGAUUGUGAACCUGCUCUAUGAACUCCUGGCAUCUCUAAUCCGUGGCAAUCGUACCAACUGUGCCCUCUUCUCAACCAACUUGGACUGGUUGGUCAGCAAGCUGGACCGUCUGGAGGCUUCAUCUGGAAUCCUGGAGGUGCUGUACUGUGUGCUGAUUGAGAGCCCCGAGGUCCUGAAUAUUAUCCAAGAGAACCACAUCAAGUCCAUCAUCUCCCUCUUGGACAAGCAUGGGAGGAACCACAAGGUCCUGGAUGUUCUGUGUUCCCUGUGUGUGUGCAAUGGUGUGGCCGUACGUUCCAACCAAGAUCUCAUCACCGAGAACCUGCUCCCUGGCCGAGAGCUUCUGCUGCAGACAAACCUCAUCAACUAUGUCACCAGCAUCCGCCCCAACAUCUAUGUGGGUCGAGCAGAGGGUUCUACCCAGUAUGGCAAAUGGUACUUCGAAGUGAUGGUGGAUGAAGUGGUUCCAUUUCUGACUGCUCAGCCCACUCACCUCCGGGUAGGCUGGGCCCUCACCGAGGGCUACAGCCCCUACCCUGGAGGAGGUGAGGGCUGGGGUGGAAAUGGAGUUGGCGACGACCUCUACUCCUAUGGCUUUGAUGGGCUGCAUCUAUGGACAGGACACGUGGCACGCCCGGUGACUUCUCCAGGGCAGCACCUGCUGGCCCCAGAGGAUGUGGUCAGCUGCUGCCUGGACCUCAGUGUACCAUCCAUCUCCUUCCGCAUCAAUGGCUGUCCAGUGCAAGGCGUGUUUGAGGCCUUCAACCUUGAUGGGCUCUUCUUCCCUGUUGUCAGCUUCUCAGCUGGUGUCAAAGUUCGGUUCCUCCUUGGUGGACGGCAUGGAGAAUUCAAGUUUCUGCCACCGCCUGGCUAUGCUCCCUGCCAUGAGGCUGUGCUCCCACGAGAAAAACUCCACCUUGAACCUAUCAAGGAGUAUCGGCGGGAGGGGCCUCGGGGUCCCCACCUGGUGGGCCCCAGCCGCUGCCUCUCACACACCGACUUUGUGCCCUGCCCGGUGGACACUGUCCAGAUCGUCCUGCCUCCCCAUCUGGAACGCAUUCGGGAGAAGCUGGCGGAGAACAUCCACGAGCUCUGGGCGCUGACCCGCAUCGAGCAGGGCUGGACCUAUGGCCCGGUUCGGGAUGACAACAAGAGGUUGCACCCGUGUCUUGUGAACUUCCACAGCCUCCCGGAGCCCGAGAGGAAUUACAACCUGCAGAUGUCGGGAGAGACGCUCAAGACCCUGCUGGCACUGGGAUGCCAUGUGGGCAUGGCAGAUGAGAAGGCAGAGGACAAUCUGAAGAAGACAAAGCUCCCCAAGACAUACAUGAUGAGCAAUGGGUACAAGCCAGCUCCUCUGGACCUGAGCCACGUGCGGCUGACACCAGCACAGACGACCUUGGUGGAUCGGCUGGCAGAGAAUGGGCACAAUGUGUGGGCCCGAGACCGUGUGGCCCAGGGCUGGAGUUACAGCGCUGUGCAGGACAUCCCCGCCCGCCGAAACCCACGUCUUGUGCCCUACCGCCUGCUUGACGAGGCCACCAAACGCAGCAACCGGGACAGCCUGUGCCAGGCUGUGCGCACUCUGCUGGGCUAUGGCUACAACAUCGAGCCACCUGACCAGGAACCCAGUCAGGUCGAGAGCCAGUCUCGUUGGGAUCGAGUGCGCAUCUUCCGAGCGGAGCGAUCCUAUGCGGUGCAGAGUGGCCGCUGGUACUUCGAGUUCGAGGCAGUCACCACGGGUGAGAUGCGAGUGGGCUGGGCCCGGCCAGAGCUGCGUCCCGACAUCGAACUGGGAGCUGAUGAUCUGGCUUAUGUCUUCAAUGGGCACCGCGGCCAGCGCUGGCACCUGGGCAGCGAACCAUUCGGGCGUCCCUGGCAGUCUGGUGACGUGGUCGGCUGCAUGAUUGACCUUUCAGAGAACAACAUCAUCUUCACCCUCAAUGGCGAAGUUCUCAUGUCUGACUCAGGCUCUGAAACUGCUUUCCGGGAUAUUGAGAUUGGGGACGGCUUCCUGCCUGUCUGCAGCUUGGGACCUGGCCAGGUGGGCCACCUGAACCUGGGCCAGGAUGUGAGCUCCCUGCGGUUCUUUGCCAUCUGUGGCCUCCAGGAAGGCUUUGAGCCCUUUGCCAUCAACAUGCAGCGCCCAGUCACCACCUGGUUCAGCAAAAGCCUCCCCCAGUUUGAGCCUGUGCCCCCUGAGCACCCUCAUUAUGAGGUUUCGCGUGUGGACGGCACUGUGGAUACUCCACCCUGCCUGCGCCUGACUCACCGCACAUGGGGCUCCCAGAACAGUCUAGUGGAGAUGGUCUUCCUCCGGAUGAGCCUUCCGGUCCAAUUCUAUCAGCACUUCCGCUGCACCGCAGGGGCCACUCCCCUGGCCGCACCAGGCAUGCAACCCCCAGCUGAAGAUGAGGCCCGAGCUGCAGAACCCGACCCGGACUACGAAAACCUGCGCCGUUCAGCCGGGCGCUGGGGCGAGGCUGAGGGGGGCAAAGAGGGAACUGCUAAGGAGGGGGUGCCUGGAGGCACCCCCCAGGCUGGGGCAGAAGCCCAGACAACCAGGGCAGAAAAUGAGAAGGAUGCAACCACAGAGAAAAAUAAGAAAAGAGGGUUCUUAUUCAAAGCCAAGAAGGCUGCCAUGAUGACUCAGCCACCAGCCACCCCAACUCUGCCCCGACUUCCUCGUGAUGUGGUGCCUGCCGAUGACCGCGAUGACCCUGAAAUCAUCCUCAACACCACCACGUACUAUUACUCUGUGAGGAUCUUUGCUGGUCAGGAGCCCAGCUGUGUGUGGGUGGGCUGGGUCACCCCCGACUACCAUCAGCAUGACAUGAACUUCGACCUCAACAAGGUCCGGGCCGUGACGGUGACCAUGGGGGAUGAACAAGGCAACGUCCACAGCAGCCUCAAAUGCAGUAACUGCUACAUGGUGUGGGGCGGGGACUUUGUGAGUCCUGGGCAGCAGGGCCGGAUAAGCAACACGGACCUCGUCAUUGGCUGCCUGGUAGACUUGGCUACUGGCUUAAUGACCUUUACGGCCAAUGGCAAAGAGAGCAACACCUUUUUCCAGGUGGAGCCUAACACAAAGCUGUUUCCAGCUACCUUUGUCCUGCCCACCCACCAGAAUGUUGUCCAGUUUGAGCUGGGGAAGCUGAAGAAUAUCAUGCCAUUGUCAGCCGCUAUGUUCCUGAGUGAGCGCAAGAACCCAGCCCCACAGUGUCCACCACGGCUGGAGGUGCAGAUGCUGAUGCCGGUCUCCUGGAGCCGCAUGCCCAACCACUUCCUGCAGGUGGAGACCCAGCGAGCUGGCGAGCGGCUGGGCUGGGCCGUGCAAUGCCAGGAGCCCCUGACCAUGAUGGCACUGCACAUCCCCGAGGAGAACCGGUGCAUGGACAUCCUGGAGCUGUCUGAGCGCCUGGACCUGCAGCGCUUCCAUUCCCACACCCUGCGCCUCUACCGCGCCGUGUGCGCGCUGGGCAACAACCGCGUGGCGCACGCUCUGUGCAGCCACGUGGACCAGUCGCUGCUGCUGCACGCGCUGGAGGAUGCGCACCUGCCCGGCCCGCUGCGGGCCGGCUACUACGACCUGCUCAUCAGCAUCCACCUCGAAAGCGCCUGCCGCAGCCGCCGCACCAUGCUCUCCGAGUACAUCGUGCCGCUCACGCCUGAGACCCGCAGCAUCACCCUCUUCCCGCCUGGAAAACGCGUGGACAACGGUCCUCGCCGCCAUGGGCUGCCCGGCGUCGGGGUGACCACCUCGCUGCGGCCCCCGCAUCACUUCUCGGAGCCCUGUUUCGUGGCCGCCCUGCCGGCGGCCGGUGUGGGAGAAGCCCCGGCCAGCCUCAGCCCCUCCAUCCCCCUGGAGGCCCUGCGGGACAGAGCGCUGAGGAUGCUGGGGGAGGCCGUGCGAGACGGCGGGCAGCACGCGCGAGACCCCGUCGGGGGGUCUGUGGAAUUCCAGUUUGUGCCGGUGCUCAAACUUGUGUCUACACUGCUGGUAAUGGGUGUCUUUGAUGAUGAGGAUGUAAAACAGAUUCUGAAGAUGAUCGAACCUGAAGUGUUCACUGAAGAGGAGGAGGAGGAAGAGGAGGAGGAGGAAGAAGAAGAUGAGGAAGAGAAGGAGGAGGAUGAAGAGGAAGAGGCAGAGGAGAAAGAAGAGGCAGCAGAAGGGGAGAAAGAAGAAGGCUUGGAGGAGGGGCUGCUUCAGAUGAAGUUGCCGGAAUCUGUGAAGUUGCAGAUGUGCCACCUGCUGGAGUAUUUCUGUGACCAAGAGCUCCAGCACCGUGUGGAGUCCCUGGCAGCAUUUGCGGAGCGCUAUGUGGACAAGCUACAGGCCAACCAGCGAGGCCGCUAUGGCCUCCUCAUGAAAGCCUUCACAAUGUCUGCAGCUGAGACUGCCCGACGCACCCGCGAGUUCCGCAGCCCACCCCAAGAGCAGAUCAACAUGCUGUUACACUUCAAAGAUGGUGCAGAUGAGGAAGACUGCCCUCUCCCUGAAGACAUUCGGCAGGACUUGCUUGAAUUUCAUCAAGACCUGCUGGCACACUGUGGAAUUCAGCUGGAAGGGGAGGAGGAAGAACCGGAGGAAGAGGCCACUCUGGCCAGCCGCCUGAUAAGCCUGUUGGAGAAAGUGCGACUGGUGAAAAAGAAGGAGGAGGCCCCUGAGGAGGAGCCACCAGCAGAGGAGAGCAAACCCCAAUCCCUGCAGGAGCUGGUGUCCCACACGGUGGUGCGCUGGGCUCAGGAGGACUUCGUGCAGAGCCCCGAGCUGGUGCGCGCCAUGUUCAGCCUCCUGCAUCGGCAGUACGACAGUCUUGGGGAGCUGCUGCGUGCCCUGCCGCGAGCAUACACCAUCUCGCCAUCCUCCAUGGAGGACACCAUGAGCUUGCUCGAGUGCCUUAGCCAGAUCCGCUCUCUGCUCAUCGUGCAGAUGGGCCCCCAGGAGGAGAACCUCAUGAUCCAGAGCAUUGGAAACAUCAUGAACAACAGAGUCUUCUACCAACACCCAAACCUGAUGCGAGCGCUUGGCAUGCACGAGACUGUCAUGGAGGUCAUGGUGAAUGUCCUAGGGGGCGGCGAGUCCAAGGAGAUCCGCUUCCCCAAAAUGGUGACGAGUUGCUGCCGCUUCCUUUGCUACUUCUGCCGCAUCAGCCGUCAGAACCAGCGCUCCAUGUUUGACCACCUGAGCUACCUGCUGGAGAACAGUGGCAUUGGCCUGGGCAUGCAGGGGUCCACGCCCCUGGAUGUGGCAGCUGCCUCCGUCAUUGACAACAACGAGCUGGCCUUGGCACUGCAGGAGCAGGACCUGGAGAAGGUGGUGUCCUACCUGGCAGGUUGUGGCCUGCAAAGCUGCCCCAUGCUCCUGGCCAAAGGUUACCCUGACAUCGGCUGGAACCCCUGUGGCGGCGAGCGCUACUUGGACUUCCUGCGAUUUGCUGUCUUUGUCAAUGGCGAGAGCGUGGAGGAAAACGCCAACGUGGUGGUGCGGCUGCUCAUCCGCAAGCCUGAGUGCUUCGGGCCUGCACUGCGAGGUGAGGGCGGCUCAGGGCUUCUGGGCGCCAUUGAGGAGGCUAUCCGCAUCUCCGAGGACCCCGCCCGGGACGGCCCAGGCGUGCGCAGGGACCGCAGGCGCGAGCACUUUGGGGAGGAGCCCCCAGAGGAAAACCGGGUGCACCUGGGACACGCCAUCAUGUCCUUCUAUGCUGCCUUGAUCGACCUGCUGGGACGCUGUGCGCCAGAGAUGCACCUAAUCCAAGCCGGUAAGGGUGAGGCCCUGCGGAUCCGUGCCAUCCUGCGUUCCCUCGUGCCUCUAGACGACCUUGUGGGCAUCAUCAGUCUUCCGCUGCAAAUCCCCGCCCUGGGCAAAGAUGGAGCUCUGGUACAGCCAAAGAUGUCAGCCUCCUUUGUGCCGGACCACAAGGCAUCCAUGGUUCUCUUCCUGGACCGUGUGUAUGGUAUUGAAAACCAGGACUUCUUGCUGCAUGUGCUGGAUGUGGGGUUUCUGCCUGACAUGAGGGCAGCCGCCUCACUGGACACGGCCACUUUCAGCACCACCGAGAUGGCGCUGGCGCUAAACCGCUACCUUUGCCUGGCCGUGCUGCCACUCAUCACCAAAUGUGCGCCUCUCUUUGCGGGAACCGAGCACAGGGCCAUCAUGGUGGACUCCAUGCUUCACACGGUGUACCGCUUGUCCCGCGGCCGCUCGCUUACCAAGGCACAGCGCGAUGUCAUCGAGGACUGCCUCAUGGCACUUUGCAGGUACAUCCGCCCGUCCAUGCUGCAGCACCUGCUGCGACGGCUAGUGUUCGAUGUGCCCAUCCUCAAUGAGUUCGCCAAGAUGCCGCUUAAGCUUCUCACGAACCACUAUGAGCGUUGCUGGAAGUACUACUGUCUUCCCACUGGUUGGGCCAACUUUGGGGUCACCUCGGAGGAGGAGCUACACCUCACUCGGAAACUCUUCUGGGGCAUCUUUGAUUCCUUGGCCCAUAAGAAGUAUGACCAGGAGCUGUACCGAAUGGCCAUGCCUUGUCUGUGUGCCAUUGCAGGGGCCUUGCCCCCUGACUACGUGGAUGCCUCGUACUCAUCCAAGGCUGAGAAAAAAGCCACAGUAGAUGCUGAAGGCAACUUUGACCCCCGGCCUGUGGAGACCCUCAAUGUGAUCAUCCCAGAGAAGCUGGACUCAUUCAUCAACAAAUAUGCAGAAUACACACACGAGAAGUGGGCCUUUGACAAGAUCCAGAACAACUGGUCCUAUGGGGAGAACAUAGAUGAAGAACUGAAGACCCACCACAUGCUGAGGCCCUACAAGACCUUUUCAGAGAAGGACAAAGAGAUUUACCGCUGGCCCAUCAAAGAGUCCUUGAAGGCCAUGAUUGCCUGGGAAUGGACGAUAGAGAAGGCCAGGGAGGGUGAGGAAGAGAAGACAGAGAAGAAAAAGACCCGGAAGAUCUCUCAGACUGCCCAGACCUAUGACCCGCGAGAGGGCUACAAUCCCCAACCCCCUGAUCUUUGUGGAGUUACCCUGUCCCGUGAGCUGCAGGCAAUGGCAGAACAGCUGGCAGAGAAUUACCACAACACAUGGGGGCGCAAGAAGAAGCAGGAGCUGGAGGCCAAGGGCGGAGGGACCCACCCCCUGCUAGUCCCCUACGACACGCUCACUGCGAAGGAGAAGGCGCGAGAUCGGGAAAAGGCCCAGGAGCUGUUGAAGUUCCUGCAGAUGAAUGGCUACGCGGUCACCAGAGGCCUAAAGGAUAUGGAGCUGGACACGUCAUCCAUUGAGAAGCGGUUCGCCUUUGGCUUCCUGCAGCAGUUACUGCGUUGGAUGGACAUUUCCCAAGAGUUCAUUGCUCACCUGGAGGCUGUGGUCAGUAGUGGACGCGUGGAAAAGUCCCCGCAUGAACAAGAGAUUAAAUUCUUUGCCAAGAUUCUGCUCCCUUUGAUUAACCAGUACUUCACCAACCACUGUCUGUAUUUCCUGUCCACGCCGGCCAAGUUGCUGGGCAGUGGUGGCCAUGCCUCCAACAAGGAGAAGGAAAUGAUCACCAGCCUGUUCUGCAAACUUGCAGCUCUUGUCCGUCACCGAGUCUCUCUCUUCGGAACUGAUGCCCCAGCUGUGGUCAACUGUCUGCACAUCCUGGCGCGCUCCCUGGAUGCCAGGACAGUCAUGAAAUCAGGUCCUGAGAUAGUGAAAGCUGGCCUCCGCUCCUUCUUCGAGAGUGCUUCAGAGGACAUUGAGAAAAUGGUCGAGAACCUGCGGCUGGGCAAGGUGUCCCAGGCUCGGACGCAGGUGAAGGGUGUGGGCCAGAACCUUACCUACACUACGGUGGCGCUGCUGCCCGUUCUCACCACCCUCUUCCAGCACAUCGCCCAGCACCAGUUCGGGGAUGACGUCAUACUGGAUGACGUCCAGGUCUCUUGCUACCGAACUCUGUGCAGUAUCUACUCCCUGGGGACCACCAAGGGCACUUAUGUGGAAAAGCUGCGGCCUGCCCUCGGAGAAUGCCUGGCCCGGCUGGCCGCGGCCAUGCCGGUGGCCUUCCUGGAGCCCCAGCUGAACGAGUAUAAUGCCUGCUCUGUAUACACCACCAAGUCUCCCCGGGAGCGGGCCAUCCUGGGGCUCCCCAACAGCGUGGAGGAGAUGUGCCCAGACAUUCCAGUGCUGGAGCGGCUCAUGGCAGACAUUGGGGGCCUGGCCGUGUCGGGGGCCCGAUACACUGAGAUGCCACAUGUCAUCGAGAUCACACUGCCAAUGCUGUGCAGCUAUCUGCCCCGCUGGUGGGAGUAUGGGCCUGAGGCGCCUCCACCCUCCCUGGCCGCUGGCGCGCCCCCACCCUGCACAGCUGUCACCUCCGACCACCUCAACUCUCUGCUGGGAAACAUCUUGCGGAUCAUUGUCAACAACCUGGGCAUCGACGAGGCCUCGUGGAUGAAGCGACUUGCUGUGUUUGCCCAGCCCAUUGUGAGUCGGGCCCGGCCUGAGCUCCUGCACUCCCACUUCAUCCCCACAAUUGGGCGGCUGCGUAAGCGGGCGGGCAAGGUGGUGGCAGAGGAGGAACAACUGCGCCUGGAAGCCAAGGCUGAGGCUGAGGAGGGCGAGCUCCUGGUGCGGGACGAGUUCUCAGUGCUCUGCCGGGACCUGUACGCCCUCUACCCUCUGCUCAUCCGCUACGUGGACAACAACAGGGCACAAUGGCUGACAGAGCCCAAUCCCAAUGCAGAGGAGCUGUUCAGGAUGGUGGGCGAAAUCUUCAUCUACUGGUCCAAGUCUCACAAUUUUAAGCGUGAGGAGCAGAACUUUGUGGUCCAGAAUGAGAUCAAUAACAUGUCAUUUUUGACUGCGGACAACAAGAGCAAGAUGGCCAAGGCAGGAGAUGUACAGUCAGGUGGCUCAGACCAGGAACGCACCAAGAAGAAGCGACGGGGAGAUCGGUACUCGGUGCAGACGUCACUGAUUGUAGCCACACUUAAGAAGAUGCUGCCCAUUGGCCUAAACAUGUGUGCACCCACAGACCAGGAACUCAUCACAUUGGCCAAGACCCGCUACGCCCUGAAAGACACUGAUGAGGAGGUCCGGGAGUAUCUGCACAACAAUCUUCACCUUCAGGGAAAGGUGGAAGGCUCCCCUUCUCUACGCUGGCAGAUGGCUCUGUACCGGGGUGUCCCGGGCCGAGAGGAGGACACGGAUGACCCAGAGAAAAUCGUGCGUAGAGUCCAGGAAGUGUCCGCAGUGCUCUACCAUCUGGAGCAGACGGAGCAUCCUUACAAAUCCAAGAAGGCCGUGUGGCACAAGCUCCUGUCCAAGCAACGCCGGCGGGCCGUGGUAGCCUGUUUCCGCAUGACUCCCCUGUACAACCUGCCCACGCACCGAGCAUGCAACAUGUUCCUGGAGAGUUAUAAGGCCGCGUGGAUCCUGACUGAGGAUCACAGCUUUGAGGACCGCAUGAUAGACGACCUUUCAAAAGCUGGGGAGCAAGAGGAAGAGGAAGAAGAGGAGGAGGAAAAGAAGCCAGAUCCCCUGCACCAAUUGGUCCUCCACUUCAGCAGAACGGCUUUGACUGAAAAGAGCAAACUGGAUGAAGAUUACCUGUAUAUGGCGUAUGCUGACAUUAUGGCAAAGAGCUGCCACCUGGAGGAGACAGAGGAGAACGUGGAAGCUGAAGAAGAGGUGGAAGUUUCCUUUGAGGAGAAGGAGAUGGAAAAGCAGAGGCUCCUGUACCAGCAGGCAAGGUUGCACAACCGAGGGGCUGCAGAGAUGGUGCUGCAGAUGAUCAGUGCUUGCAAAGGAGAGACGGGAUCUAUGGUGUCUUCCACCCUGAAGCUGGGCAUCUCCAUCUUGAAUGGAGGCAAUGCAGAGGUGCAACAGAAGAUGCUCGAUUAUCUGAAGGACAAGAAGGAAGUUGGCUUCUUCCAGAGUAUCCAGGCGCUGAUGCAAACAUGCAGCGUCCUCGAUCUCAAUGCUUUCGAGAGACAAAACAAGGCAGAGGGGCUGGGCAUGGUGAAGGAGGAUGGAACUGUCAACAAUCGCCAGAACGGAGAAAAGGUCAUGGCAGACGACGAAUUCACCCAGGACUUGUUUCGCUUCUUGCAGCUGCUCUGCGAGGGGCACAACAAUGAUUUCCAGAACUACCUGCGGACACAGACCGGAAACACGACCACUAUCAACAUCAUCAUCUGCACAGUGGACUAUCUCUUGCGUCUGCAGGAGUCCAUCAGCGACUUCUACUGGUACUACUCAGGCAAGGAUGUCAUUGAGGAGCAGGGCAAGAGGAACUUUUCCAAGGCCAUGUCAGUGGCUAAACAAGUGUUCAACAGCCUCACCGAGUACAUCCAGGGCCCCUGCACCGGGAACCAGCAGAGCCUGGCGCACAGCCGCCUCUGGGACGCCGUGGUGGGAUUCCUGCACGUGUUUGCCCACAUGAUGAUGAAACUCGCUCAGGACUCGAGUCAGAUCGGCCUGUUGAAGGAGCUGCUGGAUCUACAGAAGGACAUGGUGGUGAUGUUGCUGUCAUUACUAGAAGGGAACGUGGUGAACGGCAUGAUUGCCCGGCAGAUGGUGGACAUGUUGGUGGAAUCCUCAUCCAACGUGGAAAUGAUCCUCAAGUUCUUUGACAUGUUUCUGAAACUCAAGGACAUCAUGGGCUCAGAGGCCUUCCAGGACUACAUCGUUGAUCCCCGUGGUCUCAUCUCCAAGAAGGACUUCCAAAAGGCCAUGGACAGCCAGAAGCAGUUCACAGGCCCAGAAAUCCAGUUCCUGCUUUCCUGCUCUGAAGCCGACGAGAACGAGAUGAUUAACUGCGAGGAGUUCGCCAGCCGCUUUGAGGAGCCAGCCCGCGACAUUGGCUUCAAUGUGGCAGUGCUGCUGACCAAUCUGUCGGAGCACGUGCCGCACGACCAGCGCCUGCGCAGCUUCCUGGAGCUGGCUGAGAGCAUCCUCGAGUACUUCCGACCCUACCUGGGCCGCAUAGAGAUCAUGGGUGCCUCCCGCCGCAUCGAGCGGAUCUACUUUGAGAUCUCGGAGACCAACCGUGCGCAGUGGGAGAUGCCCCAGGUGAAGGAGUCCAAACGCCAGUUCAUCUUCGACGUGGUGAACGAAGGCGGCGAGGCGGAGAAGAUGGAGCUGUUCGUCAGCUUCUGCGAGGACACCAUCUUCGAGAUGCAGAUCGCUGCCCAGAUCUCGGAGCCCGAGGGCGAACCUCCCGAGGACGAGGACGAGGGCGCGGAGGCGGGCGCCGAGGGCGCGGAGGCGGGCACGGGGGCCAAGAAGGUGACGGUGACUGAGCUCCUGGCCGGCAUGCCCGACCCCACGGGCGACGAGGUGCACGGCGAGCAGCAGGCCGGGGCUGGUGAAGACGCGGACGGCGAGGGCGCUGGCGAGGCGGCAGAGGGUGCUGGGGACGAGGAGGCGGCAGCGGGCGAGACUGGCGCAGGCGGCGGAGACGGGGCCGUGGCCGUGGCCGAGGGAGGGCCCUUCCGACCGGAAGGGGCAGGCGGCCUUGGGGACAUGGGUGACACCACACCGGUCGAGCCACCCACGCCCGAGGGCUCCCCCAUCCUGAAGAGGAAGCUGGGGGUGGAAGGAGAGGAAGAAGAGCUGCCUCCAGAACCGGAACCGGAACCAGAGUUGGAGAAAGCUGAUGCCGAAAACGGGGAAAAGGAAGAAAUUCCUGAACCUGAACCUGAGACCCCUGAGAAGACAGCACCUCCUCCACACCCUCCAAAGAAAGAGGAAGCCAAGGGUGGGGGCAUGGAGUUCUGGGAAGAACUGGAAGUACAGAGGGUGAAAUUCUUGAACUACCUCUCUCGGAAUUUCUACACCCUGCGGUUCCUUGCUCUCUUCUUGGCCUUUGCUAUCAACUUCAUCUUGCUGUUUUAUAAGGUCUCAGACUCUCCACCAGGGGAGGAGGACAUGGAGGGCUCAGCAGCAGGGGAUCUGUCGGGUGCAGGGUCCGGCGGUGGCUCUGGCUGGGGCUCAGGGGCCGGCGAGGAGACAGAAGGUGACGAGGAUGAGAACAUGGUGUACUAUUUCCUGGAGGAGAGCACGGGCUACAUGGAGCCUGCCCUGCGUUGCCUGAGCCUGCUGCACACACUCGUGGCCUUUCUCUGCAUCAUUGGCUACAACUGUCUCAAGGUACCUCUGGUGAUCUUUAAGCGAGAGAAGGAGCUGGCCAGGAAACUGGAGUUUGAUGGCUUUUAUAUCACAGAGCAGCCAGAGGACGAUGACGUCAAAGGACAGUGGGACCGGCUGGUGCUCAACACACCAUCUUUCCCGAGCAACUACUGGGACAAGUUUGUGAAGCGGAAGGUUCUGGAAAAGCACGGUGACAUCUACGGACGGGAGCGGAUCGCCGAGCUCCUGGGCAUGGACCUGGCCUCCCUGGAGAUCACAGCCCAUAACGAGCGGAAGCCUGAGCCCCCGCCCGGCCUGCUCACCUGGCUCAUGUCCAUUGAUGUCAAGUACCAGAUCUGGAAGUUUGGGGUCAUCUUUACAGACAACUCCUUUCUGUACCUGGGGUGGUACAUGGUGAUGUCGCUCCUGGGCCACUACAACAACUUCUUUUUCGCCGCCCAUCUCCUGGACAUCGCCAUGGGGGUCAAGACACUGCGUACCAUUCUCUCCUCUGUAACCCACAACGGGAAACAGCUGGUGAUGACUGUGGGCCUCCUGGCUGUGGUGGUCUACCUGUACACCGUGGUGGCCUUCAACUUCUUCCGCAAGUUCUACAACAAGAGCGAGGACGAGGAUGAGCCCGACAUGAAGUGUGACGACAUGAUGACAUGUUACCUGUUCCACAUGUAUGUGGGUGUUCGCGCUGGUGGGGGCAUCGGAGAUGAGAUUGAGGACCCGGCAGGAGACGAGUAUGAGCUGUACCGGGUGGUCUUCGACAUCACUUUCUUCUUCUUCGUCAUUGUCAUCCUGCUGGCCAUCAUCCAGGGUCUGAUCAUUGAUGCUUUCGGUGAGCUCCGAGACCAGCAAGAGCAAGUGAAGGAGGAUAUGGAGACCAAAUGCUUCAUCUGCGGAAUUGGCAGUGACUACUUCGAUACAACACCGCAUGGGUUCGAGACCCACACGCUGGAGGAGCACAAUUUAGCCAAUUACAUGUUUUUCCUGAUGUAUCUGAUAAACAAGGACGAGACGGAACACACGGGCCAGGAGUCCUAUGUGUGGAAGAUGUAUCAGGAGAGAUGCUGGGACUUCUUCCCGGCUGGUGACUGUUUCCGCAAGCAGUAUGAGGAUCAGCUUAGCUGA